AGAUGUGAAGAAGAUGCCUCUUCAGACUGUGCUGUGGAUGAAGCAAUGGUGUUUGGAUAUAACCUGACGUGGAAAGAAGAGAUGGAGUAUUCUGGAGCCUAACCACAAACAAAGAUGUACUCAAUCAGAAGAAUGCCUACAAUCACUCAUCGGGAGUGCAGGGAGGAAGAUGGUGUGGAGGAUAUGACUCAAUUACAAGAGAUGGACGAAGGAGCUGUUUUACUGAACUUAAGGCGAAGGUUUGACAGACAUCUUAUCUAUACAUAUAUAGGAAGCAUACUGGUGUCUGUGAAUCCCUACAAGAUGUACAAUAUCUACGGGACAGAUGUUGUGCUGCUGUACAAAGGUCGUGCUCUGGGAGAACACCCUCCGCAUUUGUUUGCCAUAGCAAAUGCUGCUUACUCCAAAAUGAUGGAUGCCAAACAAAACCAGGUCAUUAUAAUCAGUGGAGAAAGUGGGUCUGGAAAAACAGAGGCCACCAAGCUUAUGCUCCGCUACCUGGCUGCAACAAGCCACAACUCCAAUCCAUUGCAACAGAUUGAGAUCCUGGAGGCAGCGCCCCUGCUGGAAUCCUUUGGAAAUGCCAAAACUGUGCGAAACGAUAAUUCCAGCCGCUUUGGGAAAUACAUAGAGGUCUAUCUGGAGAAUGGUGUAAUUAGUGGUGCCAUAACCUCUCAGUAUCUGCUGGAAAAGUCCCGUAUUGUCUUUCAGGCCAAGGAUGAGAGGAACUAUCACAUCUUCUACGAGAUGCUGGCAGGUCUUCCUUCUCAACAGAAGCAGGCUUUCUACCUGCAAGAUGCUGAAACCUACUAUUAUCUAAACCAGGGAGGGGACUGUUUGAUUAGAGGAAAAAGCGAUGCAGAUGAUUUCCAACGUCUGCUCUCUGCGAUGGAAAUCCUUCACUUCGCCCCUGAGGACCAGUCGGCCAUCUUUAGAAUCCUCUCAUCCAUACUUCAUCUGGGCAAUGUUUACUUUCAAAGGCAUGAGGAGGCUGAUGGCCAGGAGGUGGCAUCAGUAGUGAGCGCACAGGAGAUCCGAGUUGUGGCAGAACUGCUUCAGAUCUCCCCUGAAGGACUACAGAAAGCUAUAACUUACAAAGUCACGGAGACUAUGCGGGAAAAAAUCUACAGCCCUCUGAGUGUAGAAAAUGCUGUUGAUGCCAGAGACGCCGUUGCCAAGAUUCUUUACUCACUUAUCUUCCACUGGUUAACGGAAAGGAUAAAUGCUCAGGUGUAUCCUCGCCAACACAGCCUCUCCAUUUCUAUUCUCGACAUUUAUGGAUUUGAGGAUCUGGCUUUCAACAGCUUUGAGCAGCUUUGCAUUAAUUAUGCAAACGAAUACCUGCAAUUCUUCUUCAACAGGAUCGUAUUCAGGGAGGAACUGGAGGAGUACAGCAGAGAGCAGAUCCCAUGGCAGGAAAUCAUAUUCAGUGACAACCAGCCCUGCAUUGAUCUCAUUGCCGCUAAGCCGCAUGGGAUACUGAGGAUUCUGGAUGACCAGAGCAGUUUUCCACAGGCAACAGACCACACAUUUCUUCAAAAAUGCCACUAUCACCAUGGCCACAAUCCGCUGUAUAUGAAGCCAAAGAUGCCACUCCCAGAGUUCACCAUCAAGCACUUUGCUGGUCGAGUCACCUACCAGGUUAAUAAGUUCCUUGAUAAGAACCAUGAUCAGGUCCGACAAGAAGUGCUGGACCUGUUCAUUCAGAGCAGAAACAAAUUGGUGUCAAACCUGUUCCUGGCUCAUGCAGACACCAUAGGUCAGAAGAGAGGAGGCCACAUGAGGAAAAGCAGCUCUGUCACCAGGAAGUACCAACCACACACCGUCAGCAGCAAGUUCCAACAGUCCCUGCUGGAGCUGGUGGAAAAGAUGGAGAGAUGCAAUCCUUAUUUUGUUCGCUGCAUCAAGCCUAAUAGUAUGAAGCGGCCAGGUGUGUUUGAGGAUGAACUGGUCAGCAGCCAGCUGCGACACUCUGGAGUCCUGGAGACUAUCAGGAUCCGCAGAGAGGGGUAUCCAGUAAGGAUGUCUUUCUACAACUUUCUCUUCAGGUAUAAGUCCCUGGUUGGACUUAAACAGCUGCCAGCAGCAAACGGAGAAAACUGUGUGAUUAUGUUGAGCAAGCUGUGUCCCCUCCGACCAGGAGUCUUCCACAUUGGUGUCACUAAGCUGUUUUUAAAGGAAGACAUCUACCAGCUGUUGGAGUGCAAACGAGAGAGAUCCCGGGAGCUUGCUGCUCUUACUUUGCAGCGCUACACCCGCAUGUUCUUUGUGCGGAAACGCUUUGUUGCCUUCCGUAAAAAAAUCAUUGGGUUUCAGGCCCAGUGCCGAGGCUACCUCCUCAGGAAGCAAUACGUGAAAAUGAGGGAGAGUCUGGUCCGAUUCCGCUCUUACGUUCGAAUGUAUGUCAACCGCAAACAAUACAUCAAGAUGAAGUUUGAAGCCAAGAGGAAAGGUGAAGAAGAGAGGAGGAGGAGAGAGAUGGAGCUGUCAAAGCGGGAAGUGGUUAAUGUAACGCAUCUAGCGAUUCCUGCAGAACUGGGAGCUCUACUUCAGACAGCAGCAGUCCGGAGAGAGCUGCACGCAGACUGUUUGGCCUUACUUCAGGCUCCUCACAUCCAGGAAGAAAAUCAGCUCACUUUGCCACUGGACAUCAACAACUAUCCUUUUUACCGCUAUGUUCAGGUCCACUUCAGGGAACCCAAAUUUGGGAUGUUAAUGGCCCCUCUGGAGUCACCUCUUACUAAGGUGGAGGAUGACCUAAAAAGGGAGGCUCUGGAGCUUUUUAACAUGGUUUUGCGGUUUAUGGGGGACCCUCACCUGAAUGGAGCUCAAGAAAACCUUUUCGGGAGUUACAUCAUCCAGAGGGGUCUAACGUCUCCUGGUUUAAGAGAUGAGAUCUUUGCUCAGGUUGUAAAUCAGGUGUGGAGAAACACAAACUCGGAAAACGCUGACAGAGGCUGGCUGCUGCUGUUGGCGUGCGUUUGCAGCUUCGCUCCAUCCCCCAAGAUGGAGAAACACCUUCUGAAGUUUGUGUCAGAUCAUGCCCUUACUGGCUGCCAGGCAUUACUGCAGCACAGACUCAUCCAAGCCAGUCAGAAGAUCCAGCAAAGCUCAGGCCCUUUCCCUGAAGCUGCACGCACCUAUCCACUGUCGCUGCUGGAGUGGACAGCCAAUAGGAAGAAGGCAAACAUGGUUUUGCAUGUGCACUGCUUUGAUGGAGGUUCCUUCUUGUGCUCCAUUCAUUCUUGGACCAGCGGGGAGGAUUUAGCAGGACAUAUCCUGCGUCACAGAGGUGUUUCUGACUGGUGGAGGGGGAGUUCAAUUCUGAUGAAGGAGCAGAGCCAGUGGGUGGAAUUAGCCGGUCAUGACUAUGUGCUGGACCUGAUAGCGGACUUGGAGCUUCCUGUGGAUUUUCCCAAGCAGAAGAGUUACUUUAUCAUCAGCACGGAUAACCCAGCUAGAGUCAGAGCAAAUACCAGCCUCACCUUAUUAGGCAGCGGCUUUGACUCAGAUGAAGAUCUUCCAUCUUCCUUUCCUCUAAGCAGUAGACCAGCCUACAGCCUGCCUGAUUCUGAUGGCUACUACAGCCAUGCAGAGUCAGACACGUUCAGCGAAGGUCAAACGCAGAGAGGAAUGGACCGCUACCUGGAUAGCUUGUUUGACCCUGUGCUAUCAGACAACGGCACAAACAUGGAGAAGACUGGUUUGUCCACUAGAAUGAAAGGAGGAGGAGGUGUGGGCAUCGCAGAAGGUCGAGGAGAGGGGCAUACAUCUCCCACAAGGCCUUAUCCACCUGGGAUCCAUCCUGGAGCCGUCCCAGUGCUGCCAGUAGCUGGAGGAAUGAUGCCCCCCAUGCCCGUCCCCUCCCACCACCAUCACCAUGAACGACACCAACAACAAGAGCAGGAACAGCAGCAGCCCCAGUACCACCAGUAUAACCGACCCCAACAGCCCUACCCCCCACCUGGUUCCUCCACACCCCUCCCUGCCUCCCGUGUAGCUCCCACCCCUUUGCCUUCUCGGCCCCCCACUGCUGUUGCUACAGCAGCUAAUAGAGAAACAGACACACCAUCUCAUAUUGGAGGCAUGCCGGGGAUGCCGGCACUCCCGGCUAUGCCUGCAGUUCCAGGCUUACCUGUGAUGACAGGUGCAGCAGGAUCGGAACAAGUGGUGCUGACUCAGCAGCAACAAGCAAUCAUCAACCAGCAAGCUAUAAUUUUGGCCCAGCAGAUGACCAUGCAAGCUAUGGCAAUCCAGCAGCAGAUGUUCUCGUCCUUCCCACCUGUUGCUCCAGCCCCCCAAUCACCACCACCACACCACAAAAACCUACCACUACGCUCACGCACACCGAGCCCUACAAAAGAGAGCAGCGAGUCAUACAAGCACAGUCCUCCAGCUGUCCAGCGGAAAAGCAGCACAACGCGUGGGCCUCCUCCUGAGGAUGUAGUUCGUUCCAGUGUGAGCAACACAGAGCGCAUUGACCCGAGUCAUGACAUCAAAGACAUAAUCAAACAGCACCAGCCUGCAGGCACAACAUCCUCGGCUGGGUCUCCAACUAAAAGGAAAAGUGAUGGGAAGAAGUUUUCCAAAAAAGCCAACCCUCAUGAUGAAGCAAUGGAGAUCCUUAAAGAUCAAAUGGCAAACCCCCCACAACCGUCACAGAAGAAGCCCUCCCAACUCAAGGAAGAUGAAGGAGUUAAAGCUAUUAAAUUAGCCAAGUCUCGACCUGCAGAGCCAGCACCCAGCUCCAUCAUGACCCCAACCCAUCCUCCAGUCUCUAGAGAUUUACCAGUAGAAGAGGAAAAUAUUCAGACUCAGCUUCACAGUAGGACCAGCGAUGAAUAUUACACCUACUCUAAUGUCCCCUGGAAACUCUUCUUGAGGAAAGAGGUUUUCUACCCAAAGGAGAACCUAAAUAAUCCAUUGACCCUGGACCUUAUUUUCAAGCAGGUUUUACACGAUACUUUCUCCGAGGCUUGCGUCCGCAUCACUCAGGAAGAAAGGCAGAAGAUGAAAGACCUUUUUGCCCAGAACAAAGUGGAUCAGGCCUCAGGAACGAAUGAUGAUAGUGUGAAGAAAAGAGUGGUGACCAUGGCCAAAGACUCCUGGGAGAUCUACUUCUCCCGCCUCUUUCCCGCCUCUGGCAGCGUGGGAACGGGGGUGCAGGUCCUGUCUGUGUCGCAUACCGGCAUCAAACUGUUGAAGCUGGUGAAGAGCAGCUCCACUGCUUCAGACUACUUCAGAGUGCUGAGGCCUUACAGCUACUCGGACAUCCUGUUUGUGUCUAUCCCAUCAAAGAACAUGUUGGAGUUCAACCUGACCAAUGAAAAGCUGAUACUGUUCUCUGCCAAAGCGCCGCAGGUCAAACAUAUGAUCGACUACUUCCUCACAGAGAUAAAGAAGGACUCAGAGUAUGUUGUAGCAGUGAGGAAUUACAUCACUGAGAACAGGAAUCACCUCAGCUUUCACAAAGGAGACAUCAUCAGGCUGCAGCACAUGGAUGGGCUGGAUUCUGGCAAAAAGUAUGGCUGCAUUGUGAGAAAAACCGUCAUGCUUCUGGAAGAGCUGAAGAAGGACACGCCAGACUUUGGUUGGCGGUUCGGAGCUGUUUUUGGAAGGUCUGGAAUGUUUCCUGGUGAUUACGUCCAUCCUGUGGCUGCUCCCGACUUCCUGUUUCUGCCUGCUGAGCGUGUAGAACCUCGGGACAGGCACGGACGGGUUGCGGCAUCGGCCGCUGUCGCUGUGGCGAUGGGAUCAGCUGUAGCUGCUCAUGAACUUGAGCUUUCCACGGAGGUUGUAAACGAGAAAUAUGGGGACAGCUGGAGUGCCGAAAUGGAUGACCUGCCUUUGCACAGCAAUCAGUAUUUAAUGACUGAGUUUGCCAAGAAGUACUUCAGGGAAGCUCAGAGGAACAGGAGUGAUCAGAAAGCCAAAAAGGGGAAGGAGGCCAGGGACCCCGCCGAUAUGAUCAAAUUCUCCAAGUCUCCACUGUAUGAGUCACUGAUUGACUUCUCCGACAGUGGGAUGAACAGAGUGGCUGCUGAUAUCUCUAUAGCUAUUUUGAAGUUUAUGGGAGACUUUCCAAUGAAAGGCCAAACUGAGCAGGACCUUGUGGCUACUAUACUAACGUUAAGUAGCGAUCAUGGACUGAUAAGGGAUGAAGCCUAUUGCCAAGUGAUGAAGCAGGUCACUAACAACACCAGUUCAAAACAGGAUAGUUGCCAGAGAGGAUGGAGGCUGCUGUAUAUCCUAACAGCUUUUCAUCGCUGCUCUGAUGUAAUGAAACCAUUCUUGCUGAGGUUUUUGCAGGAUGCCUGUGACAGCCCUGGGAUGCCAUACCAAGGUAUUGCCAAGGCUUGUCAGGAAAAUCUGAAGAGAACAUUCCAAUAUGGUGGACGUGUUCAGUAUCCCAACAACAUGGAGAUCAAGGCUAUACUGGCUGGCCGGAGCUCAAAGAGACAGCUUUUCCUGCUUCCAGGUGGGAUAGAAAGGCACCUGAAAAUCAAGACAUGUUCUGUUGCUUCAGAUGUGAUUGAGGACCUUUGCUCAGAGAUGGGGCUGCAAAGACUGGAGGCGCUGGAUGAAUAUGCAGUGUUUCUAGUAACACACAAAGGUCAAAAUGUGCGACCUCUGAACAAGCGCGAGUACAUCCUGGACAUUGCCACAGAGGCUGAGCCGGUGGAUGCCAGCUACAGUCUGUGGUUUAGAAGAGUUGUGUGGAGUCUGGCUCUUAAACUUGACAAUGAGCUUUAUGUCACCAUGCACUACAACCAGGUGUUGCCAGACUACCUAAAGGCUUUGCUGGGUGUAGUUCCUCAGGGUAAGCCCAGUGAUCAGCAUAUGCAACAGAUUGCCCGGCUGGCGGCUCUACAGCACCGUGCCAAAGACGCCAUCUACUUGCCCACUCUCCGUGAGGUGCAGGAAUGUGUCCCCUCCCAGUUCUACAGCAAACAGGGUUCCCAACAAUGGCUGAAUGCGGUAACACAGCACAUGCAGUACGUCCAGCCUUUAAACCCACACCAGGCCCGUGCACAGUUUCUUGGUCUGGUCAGUGCCUUCCCAAUGUUCGGUUCCUCUUUUUUCUACAUACAAAGUUUGAGUUCUUCAUCGAUCCAGGCCCCCUGCAUCUUGGCUGUAAACCUAAAUGGACUUCAUUUCCUUAACAAGGACACCCAUGACACCAUGGUACGUUUCCCCCUGAAGGAAGUGCAGUCCACUCGCACCCAGAGACCGACUUCAGGCUCCAGCUACCCAUACGUGGAGAUCAUGAUUGGAGACCUGCUAAACCAGAGGAUCACGCAGCUGCAGCUGGAGCAGGGCCUCGAACUGUGCAGAGUCAUUGCCAUGCACAUGGAGAACAUGCUGUCAUUCAGAGAGAAGAGACUCACCUUGCCACCCAGUGAAAUUACCCUGCUUUAGCGGAUAGAUCCCACUUCAAUGCCUUAUGAGUGCACUAUAUCUACCUCUGAAAUAUUUUAUAUACAUUUUUUUAGGCCUUUAUUUAGUAGACCUUUCUAUUUGAUAGAAUUGAAUGGAAUGUUUCUCUUGUAUAUUAGGUAUUAAAAAUUUUAUUUUGUUAACAAUGAUGUGUAUUUUUUUUAAAUGAGAAAUAUAUUUGCACUUACCAUAGAAAGAAGGAGUUUUUUGGCAGUUUAGCAUUCUAUGAGAAAGAUGAAAAUGUGCAAAGUGAGCAGUAAACAUGUUUAAGAUAAUUUGCAUGCUACAUUAGAAACAAAAAGGAUGGAUUGUCUUUUACUAGACUUGAAUACAGGUUUGAAUUUAACCUUAUCAGUCAGAAAUGAGGUGUUCACUUGUAUAGGUGCAGAUUAAUUCUAGGAGAACAGAAACAAGAGAAUGCUACAAACUGAUUAAUUCUUCUCUCUUUGCCAUAAACAAAAGUGAAGUAAUAAUCAGAUAGCCCAAUAAAAGGGACUGAUUUUAGCAGAUAGACACUUGAAUGUCCAGUUUGCACAACAAAUGUUUAAUAAUGUAUAUUUUGUAAAUGAUUGUUGUUGACAAAUAAUGUGUUUGAAUAAUGCUGGACAUUAAAGUUCGUAGCAUAACCUCU